CCUUCAUCAUAUAUACAACCACACACACACACACAACACCAACUUAUACAAAUUCAAUUUCACUUGUAUCCCAAGUUUGAUAUACCCAUUAGUCCAAUCCCCAUGUCUGCUUGUAUAAGUUUCUUGCAUCAUACUACUACCCCCUCCUUGUUUGCUCUUAAUGCCAAUACCUCUGGAUUCUUCAAAUCCUUCUAAUUUGUUCUGUUCUAGGCUUUUCUUUUAGACCAAACUUCCUCUCCAAAACUGUGUAGAAAUGUAUAGACUCGCAUAGUUUCGCCGUUUCUGUAAUUCGCCGACUCUUCUUCAAUCCCUUAUAUACUUUCACAGAUCAAUUUGCUUUCUGGGUCUAUAUCAAACCCUUCUAUUAUUCUUCAUUCUGUUUCGUAGCUGCCACGAAAUCCCAAUACUUAGUUUUUUUUUUCUUUUUUUCUUCUUCUUCUUCUUUUUAUUAUAGCCUAAGUUUCUAUUGGAUUCUUGUAAAUCCCAAUACAUUUAGCUUUCCACAAUGGAAUACAGCGGUGUUCAUCCUCCUUUAUCCUCUGUUUUCUCCGAUUUCACAUCCCCGCCGCCUCAAGAUUCCGAUUGCGAGCUCUCCGGUCACGUUUCCGAUUCCGGCACCACCGAGACGUCCUCCGGGAGCUCUGAGUAUCAAGAAUCGUCUGUCUCCGAUUGCGAGAGCAGCGUCACAAGCGGCCGCGGCGGCGGUGACGUCAGCCCUGCGUUGGAGGCGGGGUUGGUGAAACUUGGAGAAGGGGACAGAUUUUAUGACCUGAUCAAGAAAAGGUUUCUUGCGAGUUUGGGGGGAUUGCUUGGACCGCAAGUAACGGUUUCGGCGAUUAAUAGAAACUCCCAUUCGGGUUUCACGGGUCAAGCCCGGCUCAACGCGUUUCGGGUCUACUUGAAAGCCGUGGAGGACAAGUGUGGCGGCGACGCCAAUGUGAAGUAUGGUUGGUAUGCGUCCAGUUCGAAAGAGGAGAUUUCGAAGAUUGUUAGCCAUGGAUUUGGUCAGUGUGAGAAGAUUAAUGGGGUUUAUGGUAGAGGUGUCUAUCUUGCUCCUGAUGAUUCUCCUUUGGAAUGUUUGGAAAGCUUGAGUGCUGAUGAAGACGGUAUGCGGCAUCUUUUGCUUUGCCGUGUGAUUUUGGGGAAGCCGGAGGUUGUGCUGCCUGGUAAUGCUGAACAGUAUCAUCCCAGUUCGUCGGAGUUUGAUUCGGGUGUGGAUAGGCUUUCCGCUCCCAAGAAGUAUAUUGUGUGGAGUACUCACAUGAACACUCAUAUCUUGCCUGAGUAUGUGAUCAGCUUCAGAGCUCCUACUUGCUUGAAAGAGUUCUUGAAGACUCAGGAGCCGAUUCGUAAACCAACUUCACCUUGGAUGCCAAUUCCAACCCUGAUCGGUGUACUUUCAAAGGUCUUGCCUCAGCCUAGCAUUGCUUUGAUCAUCAAGUAUCACAAGGCCCACAGAGAAAAUAAGAUCUCAAGGAGUGAACUAAUACAAAGGAUUAGACAAAUAGCAGGCGACAAGCUGCUGGCUACAAUCAUCAAGUCUUUCAGAACCAAGCAACUCAAACAUUUGCACGGGGCUUCUCAAGACGGAGGCAGGAAGGCGAUGGAGUACAAAAGUAGUGCGGGUGGUGUAGACGGACCUAUGCUUUUUGGGGUGAACUUAAAACAGUGCUAAUUUGUAAGCCGAGGGUAAUACGGUGGUGGAUCGAUUUGACAUUUUCUAACGACACAAGUGAGGGGUUCCAGCACUUCAAAGUUUUAGUGCCUUAUCUGAUGUUAGUUUUCUUUUGAAUCAUACAUAGUUGUUGUACUGGCUCCACCAUGAAUGGUUGAUGAGGAUGUAUUGUUUUCGUUAUUCCUUUUCCACCUUCUUUGUUUCUCUAAGCUGACUUCAAAUAUUCUCCAUAGGUCAAAUAUAUAGCUUUGAACUCAUUUCAUUGUUUCCAGGCCAACUACAGGCCAAUGUAUUGACACCAUAGAAAGAGCAUCUGUUGCUAUGAUUCUAAUGUCCAACACACACAUGAUUACUGCUAAUUAGUAUUCAAUCGUGACAAAACCAAACUUGUAGUCUUAAGUCUACAGAUCAUAUAAGGACCUG